AUGGCUUACAGUCUGACUUCUCCACUUGAUAGCCUUAUCUGGGCCAUUGUGGGAAUAUUAAGCAUGCUUUCCUUUUUAGGAAAUGGAUUUAUCACAAUAAUACAAGGACAUCAAUGGCUUCAAAAAAGAAAGAUCUUGCCUUGUGAUUUUCUUUUGACCAGUCUGAGCACCUCCAGAUUUAUGAUGCAAUUAAACUCAUCGCUGAACUAUUUUCUGAAUUUAAUCUUUUUAGAGUCCUAUAUAAAUUCCUUUACACAGGCACUUCUAUAUGCUAUCUGGAUAAUUUCUAACAUGAUCAGCCUCUGGUCUGCCACAUGGCUAAGUGUUUUCUACUGUGUGAAGGUCACUAACUUUGCCAACUUCUUCUUCCUCUGGCUGAAGCUAAGGAUCAACAUGCUCGCACCCAGGCUGCUUGGAAUGUCAGCAGUCAUUUCCAGCAUCGCCUUUCUCCCUUCAGUCUUCCAAUAUCUUUGGCAAAAAAAGUGUGGCAAUUUGACAGGAACUCUGCCUGGGAGUGCUAAUCACAGUGAGGUUUACAGCACCAUAUUUAUAUUUCCUCUACAAAGUGUUUUUGCUUUCAUAAAUUUAACCAUAAGUAUAACUGCAUCCAUUGUUUUACUCAUCUCACUAUGGAAGCACACAAAGACUCUGAAGAAGAGUGGUGUUGGUGGUAAAGACUUUAACACCAAGGUGCAUUUCAAUAUCAUAAAACAAAUGCUGUUUUAUGUCUUCUUCUACAUUGUGCAUAUCUCUGGUCUGAUAAUUCAGUCAAGUGAUGUUUUCACACUUGGAUCAAAGAAACAACGACUUCUUGAUGUCAUGGUGUCUACAUUCCCAUCUCUACACUCCAUUAUAUUAAUAUGGACUCAUCCCAGACUGAAAGAAACAGUUGCUCGCAUUCUGAAUAUCAAACGAAGGAUUUGA